AUGUCAGCAGAUACGGAGAGCGAUACACCCCAAAUUCGCCUGACAAGUACAGCGACGACUUCUUUAUACACACAGUAUCUUGAAUAUACGCAAGACCUACCGGAGUAUCCUCAAACGCACACAAAGGGCUUUGCUUAUGUUGUGUCUUUAUCGCAAGGAAUAGAUACAAAAAUAGAGGAGGCAAUUGAAAGUGUGCAAUAUGGGAUGCAACGAAAUCAUACGAAACGCCCUUCAAUUUCUCAGUCUAUCUUCGGUGAUAUGGGAUAUUUCCAUAGCACAAGCACUUGCACAGGGGUGAAGGUCUACAUCUGGGAACAAAUUCGAGCUUUUCGAAAUAAAGUUCCCUUUAUACCUACAGAGGAUCCCCAGAGACGUGCGAUCGGGGAAUACCAAGCUCAUCAACGGCUUUUUGAGCCAAGCAAUCAGCGAACCACCUGUCUUCCAAGGCUUGAUACUUAGCAAAUCUUCGACAGACUCAUUGUGGCACGGUUGAGCGCCGAGCUACAAGGCUCCAGUUUUGCGAAGCUCAACACCCACAAGGUUGUGCAACGACUGUUAUCAUUUCCAGCGGGACAAGACUUGAAUGGUGUGAUAUUUGAGAUGGAGACGAAUCAAAAAGUGCAGGAUUAUGUUCAAGGGGUUUUCACCGAUGAGGGCCAGAUGGUCAUUUGUCUCACAAUUGAGCAAGCUUCUUUACUAGUCAAUGGUGAGCCAUUUGAAGUAGAUAUGGCAGCUAAGCGGCUUUGUCGCGCGGACUUAAGAGAGGUAGUCUUUGCAAGGAAGAUCAAGGAUCGUCAACGAAAGGCUAUCGUGAUGGACAUGGACACAAAGCAAUAUGGAGAAGUAUCAACUUCUGAAGGAUACUAUGAAGCUCUUGAUUGGAUAAUUGAGCGCUUUUCUUCUUAUAGCUUUAUCCGCGAGUGGGCAAAGCAUAAGAAGCAAAACUGGAUAGCCCAAGGCCUCUGCCAAAGCUGCUCACCUAUCCCAAUAGCCAUCUUUCGCUAUUUACGCAAGAACACAAAUGCUGUUGAGCAAACGCACCAUAAGGGAAAUGCUCGUGGGCGUAGAUUGACUCUACUUCAAGCAUUGAUCAAUGGUCGGCAGAUCGAUGAACUUGAUAUACAGCAAUAUAAUGCCUGGAAGCUCUCAGGAAUCCGGCCUACUUACCGAGCAGGUGGUAUUUCAGCGGAGUACGACCGCUUUAUUGACCGAUCGCUUCAAAACCAGCAAAGACGGUCAGAGUCCACUAUAACCUAUGAUUCAGAUGAAGAGCAAGCUCUUCGAUUUAGUGGUCGUUCUUCUACAUCUGGUGUGCCAAUUCCUAUCAGAGUAUCAAGAUCACGAGGGGGAUCCCGGAGGUCAAGCAGCCUACAGCAACGCGCAACGUCUAAUGCCCAAACGAUAGAGGAUCACUCAGCAGCUACAAAUCUACAGGCACAGAUUGAUCUCGAAGUUCUUAAGGCACAAUUACUUGAACAGCAGAUCAAAACGAAAAAACGAGAGAUAGAGCUAGCAGAACUAGAGGAGGAACAGGCUAAAAAGAGGCUUGCUCGUUAA